CGGAGGACGAUCGAGCCGCUCGGGAGGGUCGACCACGCCGCCGCCGCGUACGCGCCGUUUCAAAAAAAAUUCCACCCUCGCGACAACCCCGACGUCGCGGCGUGGUCGGAACGCGACGUCGAAGCGAGACGACGCGCGCUGGACGUGCAGAUCGUCGGUCGAGACCCGCCGCGGAUGAUCGAGCGGUUCGGGCAGUGCGGCGGCGUCGACGCGGUGACGCUGCGGACGUUAAAACAGCGAGGGUACGAGUCGCCGACGCCGAUUCAGGCGUGCGCGUUGCCCGCGCUCCUACGCGGGCGCGACGUUCUCGGCAUCGCCAAGACGGGCUCCGGGAAGACCGCGGCGUUCCUCAUCCCCGCGACGCACCACUGCCUCGCGCAGCCGGAGAUCGCGAAAGGCGACGGACCGAUCGUGUUGACGCUCGCGCCCGUCCGAGAGCUCGCCGCGCAAAUCGUCUCCGAGGCGCGACGGUUCGGCAAACCGCACGGCGUCCGCGUCGUCGGCGUCUUCGGCGGCGCGUCGAAGCAGGACCAGUUCAAAGACCUCCGCGCGGGCGGCGAGAUCGCGAUCGGCACCCCCGGGCGCGUCGUCGACCUGUGCAAGACGAAAAACGGCCUCUCGUUGACGCGCGUCACGUUUCUGGUUCUGGACGAGGCGGACAGAAUGCUCGACCUCGGGUUCGAGGCGUCCGUGCGGUCGAUCUGCGACGCGAUUCGACCGGAUCGGCAGGCGGCGAUGUUCAGCGCGACGAUGCCGCCGCGCGUCCGCGGGCUCGUGCGCGACGUCCUGACGGGCAACGGCGAGGGAGAAGAAGGAGGAGGAGGAGGAGGAGGAGGAGGAGGAGGGGGGUGGCUCACGAUCACCGUCGGUCGGCCCGGCGGCGCCAACGCGGACGUCGCGCAGACCGUGGACGUCGUCGCGCCCGGCGAGGCGUCGCGCGUCGCGUGGCUUCGCGAGAGGAUCCACGCGUUCGUCGACGAGGGGCAGGUGAUCGUGUUCGCGAGCCGGAAGCAGGCGGUGGACGACGUCGUCGCGACGCUGCGUGAGGCGGGCGUUCGCGCGGAGGGCGUCCACGGCGACAUGGAUCAGGCGCGUCCAUGUUUACACUGGGCGCUGUCGGCGUUCAAAAAGGGCGACGCGCACGCGCUGGUCGCGACCGACGUCGCCGCGCGCGGGCUCGACAUUCCGUCCGUGCGGACCGUGGUGUCGCUGCACCCGCCGCGGGACGUCGAGUCGCACGUGCACAGGAUCGGGCGGACGGGACGCGCGGGGGACACGGACGGACGCGCGUUCACGCUGGUGGACGCGUCCACGCCGGGGAAGUUUUUGAGCGACUUGGUUCAAAACUUGCGAGGCGCGGCGCAGCACGUCAGCGGCGCGUUGCUGAAGCUGACCGCGCGACGCGGCGGAGGGAAAGGUGGCGGCGGCGGCGGCGGCGGCGGCGGCGCGCGGUCGAAGGUUGGCGGCCUGGGCAUCGGAUUC